AUGGCCAAGGGCAGAGGUCACGGACGAUUCGGCAGCCGCCGAUUCGGCAGCGACAACGGGAUGCAAUCCAGGGUGUUUGGACCCCCCCUUUGGGUCGCACUCCACUCAAUCACCUUUGGCUAUCCAACAGAGCCCACGUCCCUGCAGAGGCUCCAUUACCUGCAGUUCUUCCGGGCUCUCGGACACGUCCUUCCAUGCAAGUACUGCAGAGCCUCGUACAACAAGUUUGUCUCACAAAAGGGGCGCGCCCCCCUGAGGCUUGCAACCAUGCGAAACAGAGACUCACUUUCCAGAUGGCUGUACGCGCUCCACAACCUGGUCAACGAGCGCCUGGGCAAGACGCGGGUGCCGUCCUUUGAGAGGGUCAGGAGCCGCUACGAGACGUACAGGGCGCACACCUGCUCCGAUUCGGCCAAGGAGAAGGGCCACCACACUUGCGACGGGCGCACGGGCUUCAGAAAGAGGGCAAAGAAGCUCAUUCCAAGUUCGCUGCCUCCAAGCGCUUCGCUUCGCACACUUGAGGAAAGCCUCUCAGCCUCAGACAGCAACCAAGCAAGCACGAUGGCGCCCAACUUUGACGAGAUCAACACCUCCACGCUCUUGGUCACCGUCCCAAGGAAGAUGUCCAAGCGCGCCAACAUGCUUCAGGCCUACAUCAACGCCCCUCCCACCGGCCGCAGCCUGGUGUUCCAGACGCCGAGGAUGAUUGCCCAGUGGGGCAUCAAGGAGUGGGAGGACAGCAACGGCCAGGGCCCCUCCUACACGCUGGGGCUGCCCUUCCUCAACAUCCAGAACGACCUGGACCUCAAGGCCUUUUACGACAAGAUGCAGGAGCUGGACGAGUUCAUCAUCAAGACGGCGGUGGCCAACAGCCCCGACUGGUUCAACGGCAAGAGCCUGAGCGAGGAGACCAUCCGCGAGAAGUACAGCGCGAUCGUCAAGCCGUCCAAGGACCCCAGGUGGGCGCCCAGGCUCAACCUCAAGCUGCUCAAGAGGGACAAGGAGGUCGAGUACCCGGUCACUGGGGAGGACGGCCUCCCCACCACCGAGGCCAGGAGGGAGAAGGAGUGGGCAUGCCAGGCCUUUGGGGCGGACGGGCAGCCCGCCAUCAUGAAGGACGCCGACGGCAACGUGAGGACGGGCAUGGACGUGCUGGAGAAGGGGGACGAGGUGAUCUGCGUGCUGGAGGUGGCGUACGUCUUUGUCACCCCGCAGGGCUUCGGGCCCACCCUCAGGCUCAAGCAGGCGAUGAUCUUCAAGUCGGAGCACAAGGACUAUGAUGACAACGUCUGCCAGAUCGUCCCUCCGUCCAGGACCAGGGCCCCAGAGCCGCUCGAGAGCUAUGCUGGGACCGCUGCAGGGGUAGAGAGUGGCAGUGAGGAAGAGGCUUGA